AUCUAAACAUGAAUGAUGGUAAUGGUUGGACAGUUGUGUCAGACCAACAAAAGGGAUUGGUUCCUGCUAUACAUGAAGUGUGGCCAGCAGUUGAGCAUAGGCAAUGUGCUAGGCACAUUUAUUCUAAUUGGAGGAAAAUUCAUAGUGGGAGGGUCCUGCAAAGUCAAUUCUGGAAAUGUGUUAAAGCCACCUCUAUGCCAAUUUUUCAAACUGAAGCUGCCAAGCUAAGGAUAAUUUCAGAGCAAGCUUAUGAAGACUUCAUGGCUAGAGACCCCAACACAUUCUGUAAGUCUCAUUUCAAAUGUCACAGUAAAUGUGAUGUUGUAGACAACAACAUGGCAGAAACAUUCAACUCUUUUAUAUUACUUGCAAGAUAUAAACCUAUAGUGUCCAUGUUAGAGGAUAUUAGAUUAUCUAUAAUGGAUAGAAUGCAAGAGAAAAAGAAACUGGUGAGUAAAUUUGUGGGGGGAGUUGCACCUAGAAUUCAUAAGAAGUUGGAGGAAGCAUAUCAGGAGCAAGUUCAUUGCCGUGCCCAUUGGAAUGGAAUUGGGACUUGA